AGAGAGCUCUCAACAAAUGUAUGUGAGUGUGUGGCAGUACAUGGGUGUCAGAAUAUCCUUUUGAUAAAAGGGGGUUUUCAUAUUUUGUUUUGGUUUUAUUUAUCUCAAUAUGCAUUUCCAAAUUAAAAAAAAAAAAAUCAAUGUUACAUAAUUUUGAUCUAUUUGUACUGAUUUACUGCUAAGCUUGGGGGGAAAAAAACAGGCCAGUGUAGCUUCUAUUACAAAGAGAAAGGCAUGUCUUUCAGCCAGUUUCAGAGCCAAACCAGCACAUCAACCCGUAGAUGUGUGGCCAGUAUCCUUAUCCACAGCAUACCAGCUAUUCACAGGUACUGAGCUUGAAGGACAGCUCAUUCACAAAACGUUUGCAUUACCAGUUUUUUUACUUUCAAAAGUGUAUUACACUGGACUAAUACAUACAGUCAAUCAUUUAGACUACAUUAUUAAAAUAAUUAAAUUCUUAUGACUAAGCUUUAAAGAAUUGUGACAUUUUUUAAUUCUCCUUUUUUCCUUUUGAACUCCUGAGUAAGUCCUUGCCUCCUUUGACACAGGUCAGUCUGACCCAGCUAAUUAAUUUCCCUUUGAAAAGCCUCCUGAGUUGAUGAAUUGGACAGUGGGGUUUCUCUGGGUGCAACAAAGCUAAAUGUGAAGUAAGCCCAUCUAAAACCUAAUGUAGAGUGCAACCAGUGAAAGACCUGCAGGUUCUUCAUUCUUGUGAAUAAAAAAACACCUUCUUUGUUCAGUCUGAAGCUGCUUUGUGGUCCAGACGUGCACUGCUGUGUCUCAGAUUCAGUCCUCUGCUAUAGCGCUUGUAACCCUGAAGUGACUGUCUCUCCAGGCAACCGUUAAAGUGAAAGCUCAACCAGUGGAUUUACAAACACUUGAAUCACUGCGAUUUAUUUGCACAAAGGAUGUUGGUCACCUUUAAAACCAGUGGUGGAAGUACUGCACCUCUUUAAAUUGUACUCUAGGUUGUGCAGAAGCAGGAGAGGAACGAAAUCUGCAGGCGAACUGCAGUCACAGUGCGUGUGCUCCGUUGUGCGUACCUGGCGAGGGUUACACAGAGGAUGCUGCCAGUAGAGAAGCUCACCAUUGGCCCCAUGGUGGUUGAUACGGCAUCUGAAGUCACAGCCCUUCUGCUCUUUCUGCUGCUCUUGUUGCUACUUUUCACCACCUGGAGACAAAGAAAACACCCACAAGUUCCAGGUCCUUCCUUCUUAGCAGGACUUGGUCCAAUUCUCUCCUACAGCAGAUUCAUCUGGACUGGGAUUGGAACAGCGUGCAACUACUACAACAACAAAUAUGGUAGCAUUGUGCGGGUGUGGAUUAGUGGAGAGGAGACCCUGAUUAAGCAGGCAAGUGUUUUUGAGAUUAAACUGAAUUUGUUUUGCAGUAAACGUUCUGGCAGGAUAAAUGUAAGGCCUGGUUUCUUCUGCAGGUCCUCUGAAGUGUACCAUGUUUUGAGAAGUGCCCACUACACCGCCAGAUUUGGCAGCAAGAAAGGACUUCAGUGUAUUGGCAUGUACGGAAAUGGUAUCAUUUUCAAUAGUGAUGUCCCGCUUUGGAAAAAAGUGAGGACAUAUUUUUCUAAAGCUCUGACUGGACCCGGCCUGCAGAGGACUGUGGGAAUCUGUGUGAGCUCCACAGCCAAACACCUGGACAGCCUGCAGGAUAUGACUGAUCCCUCUGGACAUGUGGAUGCUCUCAAUCUCCUGAGAGCCAUUGUGUUGGACAUCUCCAACAGGAUGUUCCUCAGGCUGCCACUAAACGAGAAAGACUUAUUGAUGGUAAUUCACAACUACUUUGAGACCUGGCAAACAGUUCUAAUAAAGCCCGAUUUAUUCUUCAAGGUGGGAUGGCUGUACAACAAGCAUAAGAGAGCAGCCCAAGAACUGCAAGGUGUGAUGGAGCGCCUGCUUGAAAUUAAGAGAAAGAUGAUUAAAGAAGCUGAGAAACUGGAUGAUGAUCUUGACUUUGCAACAGAGCUCAUCUUCGCUCAGAAUCAUGGAGAGCUUUCAGCAGAUAACGUCAGGCAGUGUGUGCUGGAGAUGGUGAUUGCAGCACCUGACACGCUUUCCAUCAGCCUCUUCUUCAUUGCUUGCUGCCUGAAACAAAACCCAGACAUAGAGUUGCAGCUGGUGGAGGAGAUGAACAAUGUCUUGAAUGAUAAAGAUGCAGAAAACAUCGAUUCAAGUCUGAAAGUGAUGGAGAGUUUCAUCAACGAGUCUUUGAGGUUUCAUCCUGUGGUGGAUUUCACAAUGCGGAAAGCGCUGGAGGAUGAUGACAUCACAGGCACAAAAAUCAAGAAAGGAACCAACAUCAUUCUCAACAUUGGUCUCAUGCACAAGACCGAAUUCUUCCCCAACCUAAAGAGUUCAACCUCAAGAACUUUGAAAAACAGUACCCAGCCGUUACUUACUCCAGCCCUUUGGCUGCGGGCCUCGUUCCUGUGUGGGCAAACACAUCGCCAUGGUGAUGAUGAAGGCCAUCCUGGUCACUCUGCUGUCUCGGUACACUGUGUGUCCUCGCCAAGGCUGCACACUCAACAGCAUCAGGCAGACCAACAACCUGUCACAGCAGCCAGUGGAAGACGAGCGCAGCCUGGCAUGCGCUUCAUCCCACGAACGACAUAAUCUCAGCACAACAAGCUGUGAACAUAAGAGUGUUUUUACACUUUGGAUGAAAACAUCUUGAAAUGGGUGUAACUGCCUUAACGAAGUCCUGAACUAGGAAAUACUAACAUGAAAUUUGCAAUAACAGCACAUGUAUGCAGCUUCAGCAUUGCUAACCUUUAACCUGUUAAUCACAAGUAUAGAUUUCUAGCCUCGUUUUAAAACACCAUAAAGUUGAUGUUUUGACAUUUUACAUGGGUCAUACUGUUAAUAAAGACACUUUUAGAAUGAAAUAAAACCAAAAAUAAAUAAAUCACAUGCAGAGUUAUAAUGGUUAUGUAUUUUCCAUUGGUUUUUAUUUUGUUUUCAGUUAAUUCUCAUCUAAUUUAAUUUUUAUUGUUUAAAUACGCUAUAUGGACAAAAGUGCUGGGCCACCUAUGUUAGAGGAACCGCUCAGCCCUGGAAGCCCGUGCCAUGAAGCUCCCCGCACACAGUUUUUCUGCUGUUAAUGCCAGAGGAGCUUUGGAGCUCUGCAGUUACUGGGUCAGCAGAGCGUUGCUGACUUUUACGCACUACGCUCCUCAGAGCUCGGAAACUCCCACUUUAUCUGGGUUACAUGAUUCCUAAAUGCUUACACUUUGCAAUAAUACAAUAAUUUGCUUUUCUAAUAGUUUUGAUUUGUGUUUAGGGUAAGAUGUAAGGAAUUGAGAACAAUACAAAUACAACACUUUGGGAAGACAGCUGAAACAUCACACAUCAGUCCAUCCU